GUUUAGAUUAUAAGCAGGAAGUUUUGGGUGUUUCUGUAGGUACCAGUGAGCUAAACGGAAGACUCUGGCUGGUUUGCCUAGAUCAGGAGUGAAACAGAAAAAAAAAAUCAAGACAAUAUGCAGGAGAACAACAUUGACCAACCACCACAUCUGAGCAUUGUUCUGCUGGGUAAAACCGGAUCAGGAAAAAGUUCAGCCGGAAACACCAUCCUGGGCCAGAAGAAGUUCAAGAGUAAGGCUUCAGUGGUGUCAGUCACUAAAACCUGUGAGAGAGGAGAAGCAGAGAUUAAUGGAAAGAAGAUCUCCGUCAUCGACACCCCCGGACUGUUGGAUUCAACACUGACAGAACCAGAAAUGAAGGAGGAAAUAACGAAGUGUGUAGAGAUGUCUGCUCCUGGUCCUCACGUGUUUCUGCUGGUCAUCAGACUGGAUGUGAAAUUCACAGAAGAAGAGAAAAACACAGUGAAAUGGAUUCAGGAGAACUUUGGAGAAGAAGCUGCUCGAUACACCGUCAUUCUGUUCACUCAUGCUGAUGCACUGGAGGAUCAGCUACUAUAUGGGUAUAUCAGUCAAAGUGGUGAUCUCUGGGAUCUUCUUUAUGAGUGUGGAGCCAGAUAUCACUCAUUCAACAAUAAAGACAUGAAUGAUCGCUCACAGGUCGCUGAACUGAUGGAGAAGAUUGAGAAGAUGCUGGUGGAGAAUGGAGGACAGCACUACACUAAUGAGAUGUAUGAAGAAGCCCAGGAGAAAAUUGAAUUGGAUGCUGCUAGUCAGAAAACUAGACACUAUGCGAGAAUAGCAACAACAGUAUUGGGAGUGGGAUCAAUAGCAAUAGUUGGAGUAACAAUUGCAGCAAAUGCAGGAAUACUAGCAGGAUUAACAGCAGCAUUGGGAUUGAUAACAUUAGCAUUAGCAGGAAGAGAAGGAGAUGAAAGAGGAAGAGCUGAAGCAUUAGCAACCCUAGAAGUACUCUCAACAGUAGUUGAAGGAAGAGGAAGAGCAUUAGCUGGAGGGCAGGGAAAUUAAUCGAAUGUGAUAUUCGUGCGCACUUGCCAGUAGAGAUGGCUCUAGUAAAUCUAAACUCU